AUGCCCGAAAAAGUGAACCAUAUAAGUGCGGAAGUGUGGCGGGAAUGGAUUCUGCAAGCAAUUUCUUCGAUAAAGCAACAAAAGCAGGCUGCUACUUUUAAGCGCAUAUGUGGUGCAAUACGAAAACGGCACAUGUUCCACGAGGAUACCGUUGCCGGCCGGCUGACGGAAGCAAUUGAGGGUGGUGCGGUUAGGACAAUAGCGCGACACGGCAAAACGAUCUACCGCGCAGUAAAAUGUUCCGGCGCGCAUGCACAACAACUAAACUCCCUUUCGAACGUACUUUGUAUCGAGUGUUUAAAGCCGACUUUAAAGGGCCCCAAUGGGUACAAACCGGAACCGAUGAGUUCGUGUGAUCGCUGUGGGAUCUCGCUGCAUGAUAGUUGUGCGAACAGGCUGAGCGGUUCGGAAGCUGUGAUGUCGCUUUCCCAGCUGGUAUCGUCUGGAAAUCGGUGGUUCUGUGCCGAAUGUAAAGCGUGUGAUGGAUGCAACACCAUGGACGAAAGUAUCAGUCGUGCGGCACAGUGUCUUGUCGAAUGUGGCGGAUGUAGUCGCAAGUUUCACCUCCAAUGCAUGAACCCACCCGUGCAAAGUGGCGAACGGAUGCUUCGGGAAAGCUGGUGCUGUGUGAAGUGUAUCCAGUACGAACGCUACGAAGACUCGGCUGAGAAAGUCCAACAGUGCCAUCCAACCAUUUCCGAUCAAAAAGAUGGCGUGGAACGUACGAAGACUGGCACACGUUUAAUCCGCGCUCAACCGACCGAAGGUGAGCUGAUAGACGGACGCAUCGAAGCAAUGAGACUUAAGCUGGGUGACCGUGUGACGGAAGAUGAUUUGGACGCGUUCCGAGAGGUGCUUCGCAUGCGAUCCAAUCUGGAGGAGAAUAAUCUGAAGCGCACCCCGGAAGCCAUACGGCUAGGCCGGUACGUCAUCGAAACGUGGUACUCGAGCCCAUUUCCGCAGGAGUACGCCAAGCUGAAGGUGCUGUACAUGUGCGAAUUUUGCUUGAAGUACCUGAAGACCAACGAUGAGCUCGAUCAUCAUCAGCGUACCUGCUCGCUGCGACAUCCGCCCGGAUGGGAGAUCUAUCGCGAUGGUGCUAUUUCGGUGUUCGAGGUGGAUGGAAACGAGCAGAAGCUGUACUGCCAAAGUUUGUGCCUGCUGGCGAAGCUGUUCCUCGAUCACAAAACGCUCUACUUCGACGUGGAACCGUUUCUGUUCUACAUCCUAACGAUGCGCGACCGACUCGGACACCAUCUGGUGGGGUAUUUCUCGAAGGAAAGGUACAACCAGCAGAACUACAAUGUGUCCUGCAUUCUCACGAUGCCGCAGUAUCAACGGCAGGGCUAUGGGCGGCUUUUGAUCGAUUUCAGCUACAUGUUGAGCCGUGUGGAACGUAAGCCCGGUACACCCGAACGGCCGCUGUCCGAUCUGGGGCGGGUUUCGUACCAGCAGUACUGGUGCUCGGUGUUGCUUGACUACUUUUAUAUCAACCGUGGCGAAUCGUUCACGUUAGCGAAAGCAUCACAGGAAACGGGUAUGAUCGUUAGCGACAUUGUAACGGCACUGCGGAAGCUUGGUUUCAUCCGGUACCGGGUUGAGCGUACCGGUUGCAUACGCACCAAUCGUCCCUUCAUCUGCAUCGACUGGCGUCGGGUGGAACAACACCAUCAGCGUGGUGUGACUUCAAGGAAAGGCAUUGAGUUGCGCGAAAUUUGUCUCCGCUGGAUACCCAAUCUGCGCCUGAGCAAUGUAAUGAAGCAGUUUAUGCACGAGUUGUCCAAUAGACGAGAAGAGGUCACCGCUCCGGUGGAACAGGAAUCACACCACUCAAAAAAGGAUGAAAUAAGGGUCGUACAACAUUGUAAGGAUAAUGCAAAUGUUCGAACAUUACCGCAGCUGGAGGUAAAAUCGGAGCAAUCGAGCGUGGAGCACUAUAACACGAUAACAAGCACGGGCAGGACAAGGUUUCGAUCGAGAAAGUAUAGUGACACGGUAUUUGAUUUGUCUCUCUCACUUACGACUGGAACUCCGAAAACACACCGAAGAUCACAUCCACUGCCCAGCACAGUGCCGUCCGUUAAAAACACCAACCUGCUGACGCAUUCGUCUGCUGCCGGGUGUAAGUUACCGUUCAUUGUGUUGGUCCCGUUGAAGGUUGAAACCGGCGAGCGAUCGUUGUUGCUGCCGAGCGAUGGUGAGGACAUUUCGCUGGACAGUGUGGAAGCGUUUAUGGGCACGCCAAAAAGUGAACUGCAUAAGUCAUCGCCCGAAAAGAACGCGGGGAGCGGCUUUACACCGAUCGCCCCGUUCCGCCACCAGGAUGACGGUGGCAGUCGAAUAAUGGCGCCGGUGGAUACGAACGGUGAUAGUUGCGGUCGAUUUGGCACACCCAAAACAACCCGCGGGCGCAACGGGACGGUCGACUUGACGAGAUGUCGCAAGAGAAUCAUCAGCUUUGAGGAAACGGAACCGAAACGGCUGCGGUUGGACGUCACGGCCGAGCGUGGGCGAAGAUCAGCAGAUGGUGACAUGUGCGAGAAGGACGCGGCCCAUGAUGGUAUCCCCAUUCUUCGGUGGGAUGAGGAAAGAGUGAAAUGUCCAGAGUCGGUUCGAUGUACGCGUAGAAACACAGCAAGUGUAGACGGGGUCUGUGCAGAGCCAAAUAUAAUGUUAACCUUGUUGGGUAAAUCAUUACCCAGCACCAUUUAG